AAAAUUUCAAUUUACAUAUAGCGCAAUAUCUGUGACAAAAAUAUGAGUUAACCUAAUGUUGUUCAAUGUCAUUUUUUAGGUCACAGACGUAGACGAUAGACAACAUGAAUGUUCCUAAUAAUUAAUGAAAAACUACGAAAGCAAUAUUUAAAAAUGGUUUAUAUGUAUUUAACGUUUUAUAUGUAAUUUCAUUGAGAUAAUAAUUGAAACAUCAUAGGUUUUCAAAAGUGAACUGCAGAUAAAAUACUAUUUUAUAAAAAUGUCUAUUAUAUUACGAACAGUGUUAUUUAAACCUCAUAUUAAUUAUUCAAGAAACCCAAGGAAUUCACUAUUAGUGUUUGUGUCAAAACACAGAAAUAAACCAUUCAACAUAACUAAAAGAAAAUUGAAUGACAAUGUUCAAAAACCUACCAUAAGUAAUACUUCUACCUCAAGAAUCUUGCCAUCUAUUUUAAAAUUUGGUUUCAGUAGUUUAGGAGGAAUAGCAACUGCAUGCUUGCUAAAGUCCCAAAAUUCUAUUGUACAAAGUAAAUCACUUAAACUUUCAAAAGAUGUUAAACAUGAUGACAAAGAAUUAAAUUUUAAAUGGAAAAAAUUUUUAACAUAUCUGUAUCCAUAUUUUUGGCAAUUAUUGGUAGCAUUAUCAAGUGCCCUGAUCGUUGCUAUUUUAAACAUUUGGAUCCCACAAGGUGUGGGUAAUGUUAUAAAUGUGUUGACACAACUUUAUCAAAGUAAAGAAGAUGAUGUCAGAAAUAUGCUCAGCCAGCUUACAGAGCCUGCAUUUGCAAUGGCUCGUUUGUAUAUUGCUCAAGCAUUUUUUACAUUUGUGUACAUCUAUACACUUUCUCACGUGGGUGAAAGGAUAGCGAUGAAUUUACGAGACGAUUUGUUCAAAUCAAUAAUAAUGCAAGAUAUCACGUUUUUCGAUAAAAAUCGUAGUGGUGAAAUAGUAAGUCGACUAACCACUGAUAUCCAAGAUUUUAAAAGCACUUUUAAAAUUUGUAUAUCACAAGGUUUGAGAAGUUUUACACAAAUCAUUGGAUGUGUAGUAUCUGUAAUAAUGAUUUCACCACAACUGACCACUGCUAUGGUACUGUCUAUGUCCUCUAUAAUUCUUGUUGGUUCAGUGCUUGGGAAAAGUUUACGAAAAUUAUCAACAGAAGCACAGAAUCAAGUUGCUAAAUCUACAGCUGUUUGCGAGGAAGCUAUACAAAAUAUUAGAACGGUAAAAGCAUUUGCAGCAGAGGAGAAGGAAGUAGAAAUGUUUUCUGAAGAAGUUAAAAAAAGUGCUCAAUUAUAUGAAAAAUUAGGUUUUGGAAUUGGUAUGUUCCAAGCAGGAACAAAUUUGUUCCUUAAUGGGAUUUUACUUUGCACAUUAUAUUUUGGUGGACAUUUAUUGUCUACUGGACAAUUAUCUGCAGGAGACUUAAUGGCAUUUUUAAUGGCUACACAAACGAUACAAAGAUCUCUAUCUCAAUUAUCUCAAUUAUUUGGAACAUAUGUUAGAGGUAUUAGCGCUGGCGCUAGAAUAUUUGAGUACCUGGACCUGCCGCCAUCACCAAUGAUGGUUAGCGGUGAAAUAAUCACAGAUCAGUCUCUUGCCGGAAAUAUAACUUUUAAAGAUGUGAAAUUUAGGUAUCCUACUAGACCGGACCAUGUUAUAUUAAAGCAUUUUAACUUACACAUUCCUGCCGGAAAGACGGUAGCUAUUGUUGGCUCCAGCGGUAACGGGAAGUCGACGAUAGCCACGUUGCUAGAAAGAUUUUAUGAUGUUAACGAGGGAGCAAUUAUGAUUGACGGUAAAGACUUAAGGUCGCUCAAUGCUCGGUACCUCAGAGGUAACGUUUUAGGAUAUAUAGAUCAAGAACCUAUUUUAUUUGCUACCAGUAUUAUGGAAAAUAUACGGUAUGGAAAGCCUGAUGCUACAAAUGAAAAUGUUGUUGAAGCUGCCAAAGAAGCAAAUGCUCAUGAAUUUAUCAUGAAGUUCCCGAACGAGUAUGAUACACAAGUUGGUGAAAGAGGAACACAAUUAUCUGGAGGUCAAAAGCAGCGUAUCGCUAUUGCACGAGCUUUACUCAAAAGGCCGUCCAUUCUAAUUUUGGAUGAAGCUACAAGUGCAUUAGAUUACGAGAGUGAAAGAAUCGUCCAAAAGGCACUAGAAAAUGUUGUACGUGGUAGAACAGUUUUAGUAAUUGCUCAUAGGUUGAGUACAAUUAAAAAUGCUGAUAUGAUCGUUGUUCUACAACGUGGAGCGAUCGCAGAAAUGGGUACCCACGCAGAUCAUAAAAAGAAGGGUCUAUAUUAUACUUUAGUAAACGAACAAGAUAGAGAAAACAAAUGAUGUUAGUGAAAUUCUAGACUAUAAUACAAUUAUUGAAAUAACUAUUUAUUUAUGUAGGGAAUGUUUGGUGGACUACCUCAGGGUUUAAUAUGUACACACUUAUAAAUAUACGCGUAUCUUAUUAA